AUGGAAUCUUGUCAAGAUGCAUCAGACUUAGCACAUAGUCAAAUACUCCGUCAGCUUUUUAUCAGCAUUGCAGCCAUAUCAGCUUUAGCAAUUAUUGCUGAAUUGUGGGCAAUAAAAAGAAAAACCAGUCAGAUGUUACUCCAUCAAAAUACCCGAAUGUUGCUCAUCGUUCACCAAAUAUGGCUUAUCAUUCACUGCAUCGCCAGAAUCUUCGCUUAUGCAUAUUUACUGAUUGCAUAUUACAAGUAUUCUGACAACAAUUGUGAUUACAUGAUGUCAUUAUGGGAAUGCUUCUUGAUCCGUACAUUAAUCACGUUAACAAUAUUUUUGAACGCUAUUUCAAUACCAGCAAUAGUCACUGAACGAGCGAUUGGGACGUAUUUUGCAUCAAAAUAUGAAAAAGUUGGCAAAAAAGUCGGCGUUAUGUUGAUCAUAGCACAGAUUAUCAUUGCCAGUGGAAGUUUUUUCACAGUUCUUCGUGACGAGCCGCUCAGCACAAAAAAAGUACCAUACUGUUCAUCGAGAAUACGUCGUGAAAAUACUCAUCUCAGUUUGUCGCAGCGUUAUCAGAUCAAGGAAAAUAUCAUAUCUAUUCAGACAAUGUCACCGCUUAUAGCAUUUCAGUCAUUGUGUUCAAAUGAUUCCUUUGUACGCGCUGCUAUUUCCUUGCGCUAUAGUUUGUAUUAA